AUGGUUGACAAUAGUCAGGGGCCGGGUGGUGGUGGUACAGGUAAUACGGUAUGGCGGGCCCUCUCAGCUGGCCGGACCACCCCGGUGCCGGUUCCCUGGGGCCCGAGAAGGGGGAGGGAAAGGGCUUGGUCAGAUUCUGACGUGCCGGUGUCUGGUCAUGAGCGUGAGGAGUGGGCCCCGGAGUCGGGGUCAGACUCUGAGGAUCGGGUGCUUGCUGGUGUAGGCCCGGUAAUUCCGAAGCACUUUGUGUUCCUGAACGUGUGGAUUAAGCACGACGAUUUUCUGAGGGUGGUGCGUGAUAGCUGGCAGGUUCCUGUAGAGGGGGCCCCUAUGUUUGUAAUAGCCACCAAGUUGAAUAGGUUGGGGAAAGUUCUGAGCACCUGGAGCAAGACUGUAUUUGGGGAUAUCUUUGUGAAGCUCCGGGAGUAUGAGGAUAGUGUUCAGGCCCUAGAGGCUGCCUUACAGCAACACCCGGAGGAUGAGAAUGCUUUAAUUGAAUAUAAAAAGGGUGUUGCUUUGUUACAGAAACAGAUUGCUAUAGAAGAAGAUUUUUGGCAGCAGAAGGCGCGUAUCACCGACGUUCAGGAUGGGGAAAGAAACUCCCGGUUCUUUCACUCAGUUGUUAAGGAACGUAGGCGAAAGCUAUAUAUACACAGAGUGAAGGGUGGUGACGGUGUGUGGCUAGAGGAUAGGCAAGGGAUUGCUAAUCAAGCGGUCUCUUUCUUUGAGCAUAUGUUCACCGCGGAGGUUGGGGGUUUUGAUUUGACUAGGCUGGACUGUGUCCCACGGUUGGUUACAGAGGAGGAUAAUGAGGUUUUGACGGCGGUGCCUGAGGUGGAGGAGGUGAAGGCGGUGGUAAUGCAGAUGAACUCUACGAGUGCGGCAGGGCCGGAUGGUUUCUCGGGGGCCUUCUAUAAGGCUUGCUGGGAUAUUAUUCAGGAUGAUGUUGUUAGCAAGGUUCGGAGCUACUUUGCGGGACGGGAAUUUACCAGGGCUAUCACGCACACAUCUAUCGUCCUGUUGCCGAAGAAGCCGAGUCCGGAGAUUUUUGCGGACUACAGACCCAUCAGCCUAUGCAACUUCAGUAGUAAGCUUAUCACGAAGCUCAUGGUGGUUCGGAUGGCUACAGUCUUGCCUCGGGUGUUGUCACCGCAGCAGAGUGGGUUUGUGGCGGGCCGGUCUAUUACAGAUAAUGUGCUUCUAGCGUCUGAGAUGUGCCACGGGUUGAGCUUGCAGAACCGGGACAUAGUCCUUAAGUUAGACAUGGCUAAGGCUUAUGACCGGGUAUCAUGGUUUUUCCUGACUUCGGUGAUGCGCCGCCUGGGUUUCAGUGAGGUCUGGAUAGAUAUGGUGUUCCGGGCCGUGUCUAACGUGUGGUAUUCAGUGAUUGUGAAUGGAGUCAAAGAGGGCUUCUUCACGUCUAUGCGAGGUCUUAGGCAAGGGGACCCGCUGUCCCCGACUCUGUUUGUGAUUGCAGCUGAGGUCUUGUCGGUGUACAUUGCGCGGGUCUAUGAUGGCACUACGGUGCCCCGGUUUACACAGCCGCCACGGACACCACAUAUUCACCACCUGGCCUAUGCGGACGAUGUUAUUAUUUUUAGUACGGCCAGGUUGAGAGCUAUUGAGGUCGUGAUUGGGGCGUUAAAGGAGUACGAGGAGAUCUCGGGACAGUUGGUGAGCUUUCAGAAAAGUGCGUUUUACAUGCACCCUCGUACUCCGGCCCACGAGAUUGAGCAGAUUUGCCAGGCAACGGGCUGUAUGCAUAAACAGUUUCCUUUUACAUACUUGGGCUGCCCGGUGUAUAUAGGCCGUAAAAAGUGUAUCUACUUUGCCUCGGUGAUUGAUAAAGUUAAGGCUAGAUGCUUGAGUUGGCAAUGCCGGCUGCUCUCGAAGGGCGGUAAGGCAAUCUUGAUCUCUUCAGUCUUGCAGGCCAUACCGUUGCACAUAUUUUCGGCCUGCGCUCCGCUUAAGCAGGUCAUACGGGAUCUGGAGAGAUGUUAUGCGAGUUUUUUCUGGAAACAGUCAGGGGGCGCCCGGUACCACUGGAGUUCGUGGAAAACCCUCUCUCGUCCUAAGAAGGAAGGGGGGGUGGGGUUCAUGGAUUUAGACUUGAUGGUAAGGGCGGCCAGUGCUAAAUUGUGGUGGAAUUUCCGGACAGAUCAUACUUUAUGGUCGGACUUUAUGAGGGCGAAAUAUUGCAGUCGGGUUCACCCGGUUGCUAAGUUGGUUCAGAAUAGAGAUUCGCACACCUGGAAGAGGAUGCUGGCGGUACGUGAUGAGGUCGAGGGGGUUCUCACUUGGCGGUUGUUCCAAGGCCGGGUUAGUUUCUGGUGGGACAACUGGUCGGGUCUGGGCCCACUUGGCAGGCUUUAUCCACACCGGGGGGUUUCCUACUCCCGGGAGUUGCUUCUAGACUAUGUGCGGGAUGGCCAGCUUGAUUUGACAGGCCACGAUGACUUGGCAUUUGCUGGGAUUGGGGUGGACCUGUCCCGCUUGGGGCAGGGCCCGCGUGAUAUCCCACUCUGGACCGUGGCGUCCGACGGUAUGUUUUCUUAUUCCUCUGCUAAGGCCUUUCUUAGGCCUGCUUUGCCCACUGCACCGGACCCGCUCUUAGCUAAGUGUUGGCGCAAGCACCUUCCUUUUAAGGUGUCCUUCCUAGCUUGGAGGGUCUUCCGAGGGCGGCUUCCCACGGAUGACAUCUUGGCCCGUUUCGGUCAUGCGAUCGUCUCGAGGUGUCGGUGCUGUCCAGCCCCGGUCCCCGAGUCUAUUGAUCACAUCUUUUAUUCUGGGGAAACAGCAAGAGCUGCUUGGAGAUAUGUUUUGGCGUCCCUCGGCCUCUACUUGCGACACCGAAGUCUUAGGACUUUAAUUGCAGGAUGGGGUCGGGCGGGGGCGCGUAACCCUCUUUUGUCUUUUGUUGUUUGCAGGUUGCCGUAUCUGGUGUUGUGGGAGCUGUGGAAGCACCGUAAUGGGUGCAUGUACGGCCGAGACACACCCAGCGUUGCACGGGUGAUGCAUGGGGUGGCAAAGGGGGUGGCGGAAUGCCUGUUUAGGCGUUGGCCCGUGCAGCAUAUCCUGCCCUCUAACUGGAGGACUAUUGUGGCAUACUUGGAGGCACAUGUGCCGAGGCGUGUUAUUAGGACGGUCAGGUGGUCUCCCCCGGUUGCCGGGGCGUUAAAGAUCAAUCUUUCUCGAUCUUCGGCAGCUGGGGGGGCUGCGGCCGUGGUGCGCAACCAGGAGGGUGGCUUCUGCUACGGGGUUGCGUGGUCUGGCCACGGGGAGCACGCCCGGGGAAUGUUCCGGGCCCUUUUCUCUUGCCUGGAAUGGUGCCUGGCCGGGGGAACUACUUUGAUUGAUAUAGAGUCCACUUGGCCGGAGUUGGCUAGCUACGUUGAUAUCUCUGUUCGUCCGCCGUGGAUUCUAGAUGAUGUUGUGACCAGACUCCGGUUUCUGUGUUCCUGUGGGGUGGUUACUGCUUCUGUGUGCCCGUCCAGGGCCAAUAUGCCUGCACAGGCGCUAGCUAACUGGGCGGUGGAUACGCCGGGGGAGGCCAUCUUUCGGAGCCUCAAUGAUCUGCCACGUAGGGUCCGUGCUUUACUGAUACAUGAUGAUGUGCCCUAUGUGUUUUUUGAUAUUGAUGAUCCCCCGUGA